UAUCAAAUUAUUAUUUAUAUCUGUUUUACGUUAGGCGUUGGUACUUUUUCUAAAAAUUUAAGGAUUAUUGGUGGUUCUGAUGCGGAUAUAAGAGAAUUUCCUUUCUUUGUUUCAUUAAGAUAUAUCGAGACAAAUACAAUUUUUUGUGGCGGUGCUAUCAUUAGUGACCGACAUAUUUUGACAGCAGCUCAUUGUUUACAUCCACAUUACGAUAAUUUUGAAUCUAUUCGAAUUUAUACAGUGGUAACUUCUGCACAAAGUACUGAUGGAUUAUAUUACACAAUUGAAAAAGUUAUUUAUCAUCCUGGUUUUUCGCCUGUUAUGAAUUCAAUUUUCAUGAACGAUAAUGAUGUUUGUGUUAUAAAGAUUAAAGAAAAUAUUAUAUUUAGUACAUAUCAAAACAAAAUAGAUCUUCCAAUUGUGAACAUUGAAGAUGAUUUUUAUGGUGUUUUAAUAGGAUGGGGAUCAGUAACUUACGGAACUGAUAAUGUUCCUGAAUCAUUACAGAAAAUCAUAGUGAGGGUUAUAAAUAAUCAUAAAUGUUCCAUGAGACCUUCUAUUCCAUUUUUACUUCACUUUGGUCAACUAUGUGGAUUUACCACACGAGGAAUGGGAUCGUAUAAUGGUGAUAGCGGUGGCCCAUUAAUACAUAAUAGUAAAGUCAUUGGAAUUGUAUCUUUCAGUAUUCCAUUUACUCAAGGAUAUCCUGAUAUAUUCACUAAAGUUCAUUAUUAUCUAAACUUCAUCAGAGAAGCUAUGAGAAGUUAGUGUUAUUUUAAUACUAUUAAUAUACAGAAAUUUCAC